AGUUGGCCAGCGGCUGCGGGAGGCGGUGGCGGUGGGAGCCAGAGACAGCCGGGUGACAGAGCUGGCAAACAUUUAAGUUUCAACAAAUGAAUUCCACACUUGAACUCUGCCGCAUUCCCGUGCCGCCUCCUCCUUUAGAAAACUGAUCUUAAAACAGAGAUAAAAGAAGACUAGAAGCUAAAAAAGAUGCUGGGAUCUGAACGCGGUGUUGUGGAAGAAUGGUUAUCAGAAUUCAAGGCAUUACCUGACACUCAGAUCACCAAUUAUGCAGCCACUUUACACCGGAAAAAAACACUUGUACCAGCCCUCUAUAAAGUUAUUCAAGAUUCAGAUAAUGAGCUCCUGGAGCCUGUCUGCCAUCAGCUGUUUGAGCUCUAUCGUAGCUCUGAAGUUCGACUUAAGAGGUUCACACUGCAGUUCUUGCCAGAAUUAAUGUGGGUUUAUUUACGGCUUACAGUUAGCCGAGACAGACAGAGUAAUGGCUGCAUUGAAGCUCUUCUCUUAGGAAUUUAUAAUUUGGAAAUUGCUGAUAAAGAUGGGAACAAUAAAGUGCUGUCUUUCACUAUUCCUUCCUUGUCCAAGCCUUCCAUAUACCAUGAACCCUCAACAAUUGGAUCCAUGGCUUUGACAGAAGGGGCAUUGUGUCAGCAUGAUCUCAUCAGAGUUGUUUAUAGUGAUCUUCAUCCUCAGAGGGAAACAUUCACUGCACAAAAUCGGUUUGAAGUCCUGAGUUUUCUCAUGUUGUGCUAUAAUUCUGCCAUUGUGUAUAUGCCAGCCUCAUCAUACCAGUCUCUUUGUCAGAUGGGCUCCAGGGUUUGUGUGAGUGGGUUUCCACGGCAACAUGAAAAACCCUGGAAGGAACUCUGUGGUCGAAUAGUAGUGGAUCCUGAAUUUAUGGUGCAACUUCUCACUGGGGUUUAUUAUGCUAUGUAUAAUGGACAGUGGGACCUUGGCCAAGAAGUACUUGAUGACAUCAUUUAUAGAGCGCAACUAGAACUCUUUUCUCAACCACUAUUGGUUGCCAAUGCCAUGAAAAACUCAUUACCAUUUGAUGCUCCUGAUUCUUCACAAGAAGGCCAGAAAGUACUUAAAGUGGAAGUCACUCCAACAGUGCCGAGGAUUUCUCGGACUGCAAUUACAACUGCUUCCAUCCGUCGUCAUAGAUGGAGGAGAGAAGGUGCUGAUGGUGUAAAUGGAGAUGAAUCUGUAAACCUGAAUGAUGCCGAUGAAGGAUUUUCAUCAGGGGCUUCCCUUAGCAGCCAGCCAAUUGGGACCAAACAAUCCUCUUCUUCUCAGAGGGGAAGCUUAAGGAAAGUAGCAGCUGGGCGUUCAGCCAAAGAUAAAGAAACAGCAUCUACCAUCAAAUCCAAUGAGAGUCCUCGAGAUUCAGUAGUUCACAAGCAGUAUAUACAGCAACCAGCUGAUCUUACUGUAGAUUCAGUUGAGCUAACACCGAUGAAGAAACACCUGAGCCUCCCUGCUGGCCAGGUGGUGCCAAAAACCAAUAGCUUAAGUCUAAUACGGACAGCCAGUGCUUCCUCAAGUAAAUCAUUUGACUAUGUAAAUGGCAGUCAAGCAAGUACCAGCAUCGGAGUUGGCACUGAGGGGGUUACUAAUCUAGCAACUAACAAUGCUAAUCGAUAUUCAACUAUCAGUCUCCAGGAAGACCGGCUAGGUCAAGCUGGUGAAGGUAAAGAGCUCCUCAGUCCAGGAGCUCCCUUAACCAAGCAGUCUCGAUCCCCAAGUUUCAAUAUGCAGCUAAUAUCCCAGGUGUAGUUUUGAUGUCCUCUCUCUUCUUUCUGCAUAACCUUUAAAACUGAACAUUUCAUUGUGCAAGAAGACACUUCAUCCCAUAUUGUGAAAAUAAUAUUGGUCAUCGUAAUCAAAUUUGAUUUAGUUUAGGUAUCUUCAUACUGUAUUUUGUAUGGAAAAAGCAAUAAGGUUUUCUUUUCCCUCUUCCUAUAUCUUCUCUUUACCUAUUCUUUGUAAAUGUGUUUGUGAAACAGUAUAAAACGUUUGCCUUUUCCAUGCCUUCCUUUCUCCUUGGGUGAUGUGCAAUCCAUUGUAGGCUGAUCGGUCCCAUUUCAACACUGUGAGACUGAGGAUAUGUCAGAGGAAAUGGUGUAUAUGAUCCCUAUGGAAUGAUUCUUUGGCUUUCAUUUAAAAACAAAACGGGUUUGUUCACAUAAUCAAUAAGAACUAUGAAGAUGGUUGGAUCAUACUUUUUUCUCUCUUAACCAGGAGUGCCUCAGAGAUUCUGCUAUGACUUUGGACUUCUCUGAGUCUGUGCAGUCAUGUUCUUGAGAAGCAUGAGGAAAGGAGGUAGACUGUUGCACUUUUUCAUUAAAAUGAGGCUAGCUCUUUUUUUCUUCUGUUUUGUUAAUCCUGAGGAUGUAAAUGUUCAAUUAUUGAGGCAUUUAAAUCAAUUUGUGAUCACCUCCAUUGGAGGGUGGGACUCUUUAAGUUGAUUGUGUAAUUGAUAAUGCACUUUCUCAAUGGCUCUCUGGUCAUUAUUAACAUGUCUUCCCUCUUCCCACAAGGACUUAGGUCAUUUCUGUCUUUCAAGUUUGAAGAAUAAAUCAGAGAAUCCAAGGGGCAUGUUAUAUUUUCCAGGAAUGAUUGACACUUGGUGCUGGGGUUUUAUGGGGGGAGGGGUAGUUUUGUUUAGCCUAUGUGGGAUUGUGUGUGAGAGGAUGUUUUGAUUUUUUUUUCCUUUGUGAGCUGAUGAUGACUGAACUGUAGUACUGUACGUCUUCAGGUAAAGAGAGGGAUUUCUCAGUUCACUUUCUGUGAUGUUAGACUAUUGGAGAAACCCUUUCAGCUGCUUUCUAGAUGUACCUAAAUUCAGUCAGAUAUUUUGGAUUAAGACAUCUAAAGUCCUGACAGAUCAUAUAUUCUCCAAGGAAAUACAUCAGGGACAGAUAAUUGGCUGGAAACAUUGAUGCUUCAAUGUGACACAUUUUUAUAGAACAUUUCUACCAGGGGGUACUGACUUGAUUUCUCUUUUAAGGACCACACUGCCUUUGUGUUUAAUGUAAUGCAAUUUGUGUAUCUUCUAGUCAAAUAUCUGCAAAGUUUCUCAUUUUUAUAAAACUUUGGAAUCAUGCCAGUAAGCUAGAUGUUGAAUGUAUGUAAGUAGCAUUUGGUAACUGCUAAGAAGUUAUAAAAGUAUAUUAUUGGUUUAAGAAUUUUUUCUGAUAACCUCUUCUGGGUCUCAGGCACUAAUGUUUGAAAAAGAAGGGAAUAUAUUGGGUUUUUGAAAAUCAGUAUUGUAACUUAAACUUCUGUAAAUUAUCUUUCCACAACAUUCAUGAGUUAUACCUGUCUUUCUACUUUCAGACAUUUUUACUUCAUUAUUGUGCAAGAAAGAAUACACUGAGUUUAUAGAAAGUAUUCUCCUAAUUAACAAAGUUUAAAAUUUUAUCUCUACCAAUUAAAACUACAGUAGAUUUUGAUAACCAGAAGAUGCCUCUUAUUUUUUUCACACCUAAAAUUUCCUUCUUCCCUCCUUUUUUUUAAAUUAUUAAGAGCAUUUUUUUAAAAGAAGACCUUAUCUUAAACUCUUCACAAGAAGAAUGAUUGAAUUUAAUGGUCUGUAACAUUUUUCAGCUCUUAAGAAUAUAGAAAACUAGAACCUGAGCUAGUAUUUACUUUGCCAAAGUCCAAGGUAAAGCUAAAAGUUGCCAGGUGAUUUUAGUGAUUUGUUUGUGUGUGUGUGUGUGUGCGCGCACAUGCCAUAUGUAUCAAUUAUCACAAAGGCAUAUUUUAGAUGUCUCCAUUUAACUAGGGAUGUCAAGUAAAUGAGUUUUUGAAAAUACAAUCAGAAUAUAUGAGGUAAAUGUUUAUAACAUACUAAAAAAGACAGAGUUUCAAGUAUGUAAUGAAAGUAACGUAGUUCUUUCAGUGAGUGAAACCU